AUGGGUGAUGCUGUUAUGACAACGUACAUUGCACAGAGUAGAUACAACUACAGAGUACAACAUACAUCGACGGCCCUUCCGUUGACUAGAGACGAGGCUAGUGGCAUUGGCCACAUGGCACCGGGGCCAGACGAAAAAGGGCGACAGCAGAAGCGCAACAGACAACGCCCAUGUGGAGCCGGUUUUGAUUGGAAGGCCCAAAAGUCCCAGAAUACGGAGCAGACGCCCAAAGUGGAAAGUCGGGUCGGUGAAGGUGUGCAACGUUCAAAGGAAACGGGAGAACCGGUCACAAAACAAAAGAACCGUAGGGCUGGUGGCUGGUCAGCGGCGGCGGCAUCCAUUGUGAGGGACAGAAGAGCCAAGCGAUCAAGGCGUUGGGCAGAGAGAAAGGACAGAGCAGAAUGA